AUGCGUGCCGAGGCAACACCGCUGUUGGACUCCAAUAGCAUUCGGGAUGAGGACGGCAACAGCAGCCGUGAUGCCCCGACCGAAAUCCAAACGACGAAGUCGCCUACCAUCGUGAUCGGCAUUGUGUCCUUCAUGAUAUUCUGCAUGACAUUGAGUGGGACGUUGUCUCUUAUACCACUUGGUCGGCUGAUUGAAGACGCCAUUUGUCGUCGAUACUAUGGUGAGCCUGGGCCUAUUGAGGAGAAACGCUGCAAGGUGAACGAUAUCCAGGCGGAGCUGGCCUGGAUUGGCGGUCUCUAUGUUGUCAUAGGUGCCGUCGUUGGCGGCGGCCUGCCCGUGAUGGUAGCCGUGAUACACUCCAUCAUCGCAGACGUAGCGACUGAGAGGGCUUCUGGGUUUCUACUAAUGUCACUGGGCGCAGUGCUUGGAGGUGUUACUGGACCGGCGCUCGCGGCAAAGCUCAUGGAGCUUUACUCGCCUUGGGUUCCCCUUUGGGUCACAGGCUUCAUCCUUACACCUAUUGCGUUUAUCACGAUCAUAAUCCUUCCGGAGACCCUUCACCUUCGAAGAACUGCUCAGGAGUCCUUCUCCAAAGACCAGUCGUUCGUUGCAGCUGUUCGAUCCCAUCUGGACCAUGCCGUUGAUCGUUUGGUCGAGUCGCUUUCCAUGCUCAAAACGCCCUCACUCGCUAUUCUGCUGGCGACGUUCCUCAUACAGAGUCCAGUCCAGAUCUCGGAAGGCCAGACACUUGCACAAACCAUAAGCAAACGAUUCCACUGGACACUAGCCCAGACAGGCUACUUGUUCUCAAUUCGUGGUCUGUUGACCGUUGCUGUUCUGGGAUUCCUCCCAGCGGUCUCGAGCCUGCUGACUUCGCCGCGGCUCGGCCGUUUUCAGCUCUCCGUCUUCCGCAAAGAUAUCGUCCUAGAGCAGAUGUCCCUGCUCGCAUUAGUUGUGGGAAGCGCGCUGACGGGUGGGGCAACCUUUCCUCAGGUCGUCGCCGGCCAGAUGAUCUCGACAUUAGCGGUAGGAGGGUCCUCAAUGGCCAAGUCGCUGGUCGCCUACUACGUGGAUGCGGAGCAUACGUCUCGGCUGUACACACUUGUGGGCAUGAUCGAGACUGUGGGCUCCUUCUUCGCGGGGCCGACGCUGGCGUGGAUGUUCAACACGGGAAUGAGGCUGGGGGGCAGGUGGAUGGGCCUUCCGUUCUUCUUUGUGGCUGUCCUGUGCGCGCUGGCACUGGUUGCCGUUUGCUUGGUCAGAGAGCCCCAGGCUGCGAAGACUAACGAUGAUUGCGAAGCACCAGACGAUGCUUAA